AUGGAUAAAGUCAACUUAUCGCACCCUUUGAUUCACCUCAAUGUAAUGGGUUUUAACCCUUUCAAAAAUGACCGAUUUUCCAAAAUUCGGAAGUUUAUCACAAUUACAGUUUUUGCCCUGGGCAACAUUUUCUCAUUUUUAGAAUUGUUUCUCCACUACGACAACCCUCAUGUGAUUGUUCGUAGUUCAGAAAUCGUGUUUCCUUUUUUCCAAAACAACGUGAAAAUUGCAAUUUUGCUCGUCUACAGAAAACAACUCGCACAACUGGUCCAAAAAAGUACCGAAUUUUGGGCAAUGGAUAAAUUUGGGGAAAAUUACCAACACAAUAUUUCAAUAAGACACGAAUAUGUGCGAAAUUUUUAUCUAGGAUACCGACUUAUGUUGGUAUUUAGUUGUUCACAAUACUUUUUGCUCACAAUUGGGAGUGACAAACCGAUGAUUUUGAGUUAUGGAGAAACUGAAGGUCUUAGUUCAAGAGCAUUGUUAUGUUACUUAAUUUUUCACUCUGUGUUUCUUAUGUUGAAUUUUAAUUUAAUUAGUGGUUUUGACGGAUUGUUUUUCUUUCUUAUUGCUCAUGUUUUGUCAGAGUUGCAAAUGGUUAAAAUUGCUUUCAGUAGUUUGAAAAUUGAGACACUUGGGAAUGACAAGAAAAGGUUCAAGUCGUCCAUUCAACAUCACAGAUUUGUGCUACAUUAUAUCAGUCGUGCUAACUCAGUUUAUUCAAUGUUACUACUGAGUCAGCACAUUUCAUGUCUUUUUGGUAUUUGUUUCGGCUUAUAUCUCUUUAUAUCAGACGGAUUUCCACCAGAUUAUGAACACGUUUCAAAAUACGUUCCUUAUGUGGUUUAUUACAUUACUCAAGUUUGGGUUUUUUGUUUCGCAGGCCAGCUAAUAAUUGAUUGGAGUGUUAACAUUUCCGAUGAAAUAUUUUAUCACGAUUGGUCACUAAACAAAAUGUACGAAAAGAAAACUGAUAAACUAAUUGUUAUCCAAAGAGCUCAACAUGCUGCGAGUUUAUCAUUGGCAGGAUACGGAAAUCUGGAUCUACAAAGCUUUAAUUUGGUUUUGAAAAAUGGACUGUCGUUUUUCACAUUUGUGAACGCUGUAAUACACAAGUGAAACAAUUAUUCGGACAUAGAUAUUUAUUGAGAAUGUCGUGGAAACUUUACAAAUAUGAAAAUAAUCAUUUGAAAAAGCUGAAUUAUUAUAAAUUUAUUGUAUCU